CCUGGCGGUAUAAAGCUGGCUGAAGGAGCAAAAGUAGCGGCGAGCCGAGUGGGAGAGGAGCACGCUGCAGGAGGCAGGAGUGUCUGCCCGCUCCCGCUGCUUGUGCGCGGUGUUUGCGGUCCCUGAGCACGCCUGGGCUGAGCGAGGGGAGGACGGCUCUCCCGGCACACGGCGUGAGCUCUGCUCCCUCGCAAAUGAGCUGUUUCCAAAUUGGAGGAGCAGAGCGGCGUUUGAGAUGUUGUCCUGUUUUGUCGGGCUCUCUCUCCCUGACUUGGUUAACUCCUUUGCGACCCCAGGAAAGUUGCCGCUCAAUGGGGGUCUGGAGGAGCCCUUUAAAAUCCCAAACAGCUCAGGUUUCUUUUCCUGGGAUAACAACAGCCUGGCUGACUGGCAGAGCUUCGUGGGCAGGAGCCGGUACGGAGCGGAGUCGCAGAGCAUCACAGUGAAAGCCCUGCUCAUCACAGCAUACUCCUUCAUCAUUGUCUUCUCCCUCUUCGGCAAUGUCCUGGUCUGUCACGUUGUCAUCAAGACGAAGCGCAUGCACUCCGCCACCAGCUUGUUCAUUGUGAACCUGGCUGUAGCCGACAUCAUGAUCACGCUCCUCAACACACCUUUCACACUGGCUCGUUUUGUGAACAGUACCUGGAUAUUUGGGAAGGGGAUGUGCCAUGUCAGUAGGUUUGCACAGUACUGCUCCCUCCACGUCUCUGCCUUGACCCUCACAGCCAUUGCCGUGGACAGGCACCAGGUUAUAAUGCACCCUCUGAAACCUCGCAUAUCUACUGCAAAAGGUGUUUUCUACAUCUCUGUAAUCUGGAUCAUGGCAACUUGUUUUUCCCUACCACAUGCUAUCUACCAAAAACUCUUUACUUUUGAAUACAGUGAGGAGGUUACCCGGUGCCUGUGUCUGCCGGAUUUCCCCGAGCCUGCUGACCUCUUUUGGAAGUACCUCGACUUAACAACCUUCAUUUUGCUCUAUGUCCUGCCCCUUCUGAUCAUCUCUGCUGCCUACAUGACAGUGGCCAAGAAACUCUGGCUGCGCAAUGUCAUCGGGGACGUCACCACUGAGCAGUACUUUGCUCUUCGCAAAAAGAAUAAGAAGACCAUAAAGAUGCUGAUGCUUGUUGUCAUCCUCUUCGCAGUCUGCUGGUUUCCCUUAAAUUGCUACGUUGUCCUCCUCUCCAGCCAGACCAUCCACACCAACAAUGCCCUGUACUUCGCCUUUCACUGGUUCGCAAUGAGCAGCACCUGCUACAACCCCUUCAUCUACUGCUGGCUCAAUGACAACUUCCGAUCAGAACUGAAGGCUUUGCUCAAUGUGUGCAGAAAACCUCCUGGACCUGCAGAACAGAGGCUUCCCUCCACGGUCCCAUCCUGUCGACUGGCUUGGCCAGAACACGGCAACUUCAAGAGGUUGCAGGUCUCCCAAGUCCUUCCAUCAGCCUCCAACAUCCAGUUAGGAAAGACAGACAUCUCUGCAGUUGAGCCAAUAGUAGCUGUGAGCUAAACAGUGGCCCUGGGAAGUCUACAGAUUUGGCUAGAGCUAAAAAGGUGGGAAGGUGUGGAGCCCUGGCCUACUUAGGGACUAUGCAACUACAUGUGAUAAAACCAAGAAGGAGGUUCUGCAGGAGGUAGCAUGAAACUGCUGGAUGUUUGAUGGAGGCUGAUGGUAAUGGCAUGGAGCCCCUAAAAGAGAGAAAGCAAACUCUUCCCAGGAAGGAACUCUCUUUGUCAAGUUGACUUUGGCUUGGCUUGCAGGAAGGGCUUCUCUGCAUGUAUGUCGCUGCUAUCUGCAUGAUUAAGCCUUUUUCCCACUGGGGCUGUGUGUGUGGUAUUUAAACACUAAAGCAACGAUCCAAUCACAUCAGGCCUCCCUCCCCCUAUCCUAAGUCUCUUCGCAGCAACAUGGAGAGGUCGAGAUGUAGACCUUUAGGUUGCUGGCUUAGAUCUGGUGCAACAGGGUAGGAAGGCAUCCCUUCUGAACUGGGGUCUGACAGGUCAAAAUCUGCUCAGAAUGAGUGAACAGAUAUAUUUCACGAAUCCAAUUUUUGGUGGAAAUACCCUCAGAGAGGUGGAGGGUAAGAAGGACAUUGAUACAUAGAGCAGUCUCUUACAUUGCAGGCACUCUUCCUAAGGUAGGGUUGAAAAAGAAUAGAUGCCUAUUCUUUGCAUAAGUAGAUGGUGAACAUCAACCUGUUAGCUCAGCAUCUGCCACCAGUGCUAAAUCACACAGAAUUUUUCUAUCCUAAGAUAAAAAUCAUGAAUAUUCAGAAAGCUUUUCUUCAAAUAGAGAACUAAAUGCUAAAAAGCUACUUUUGAGAAUGUUAGACGUACCAUCCACAGUUUGAGAACAGGUAAUUAAACACUACUCUGAGUUUCUACUAGGACAUUCAAUCAGAGCAUCUCUGCAUUAUUGUCAAGUGGCAGCUAAAGGAUCCCACAGUUUAACUUUUUAAUUUAUCUUGAAAUAUUGCUCUCUUAUCCUGUAAAACACCUGGGUACUUCUCAGAUCAGACAUUUGAGACAUUUCAUCCCAUCUAAAAUGUUAGGUCUCUGGAAUCAGUUCAUAAACGAACUACUUUGAGAGAACAGAUGAUAUACAUGAUACCAAGUAAUAAAAGUGGAACAUUUCUCUGCAAGAUACCCUCUGGUGAUUGCACAAUUUUGGUGCAUUUAAAGAUGAGUGAAAUGUGUCCUUCUUGGGGAGGCUAAGAAAAUUCAUGUGACUGUAGCUGUCUGGAGUACUUUGCAGAACUUAAUGUUCUUAGCAGAAGAAAAUCUGAUUUUGAAUGAUGAAAAAAAUGGGCAUUCUAAAGCCUAUAUUGCACAGGAAAGCAAUAACUGUCCCUGUGCUGUGGAAAUUAGCUUGAAUGUCACACAAGGGUGCCUCAUUCCACAUUCAACUUGCAGCAACCAGCAGAGAAGUGAGAAAAAUCUUCUUUUUAUAAAUGACUAUAAAUGGAAAAAAAAAAAAAAAGAAGAAGAAAAACUGUUUUUUCCAAUGUCCUGUAAUAAACUUACAUU